AUGGAUCGAUUGACUUUAUUGCCAAAACCAAAAAUUGUUGAGAGGCGAAAGUGUCUCCCUGCGGGAGACGGCCUACCGGGAUGGAAGUCACUGCCGUUGUAUUCCAAAUUCCCGAUGGUACAGAAUCCAAAGGGAUCCAUUAAACUGUGUACAACAAAACUAUGCGAGCCAGUUCACCAAGUAAUUGACUUUGAAUUUGAUCUAAGUGACCCAUACUGUCGCAUGUUGUCAAAUGAAUAUCAACCACUACAUGAUCCACACCUCAAGAGUCAUUUUAGCACACCCCGAAAACAGCGCCAUCUUCGUAAGAACGGGUUCAUCACGGGGAAAGGCAAAGUCGUCUGUAACCUCAAAGAGUUCAACCAGUACAGACAGUACCUCCACAAGAUAUGUCUCUUAGAAAUCGCCAAGGAACAGAAAGAGGUAGCGGAGAGGAGACUCCGGAGACAUUCGCAAGGGGAGGGACAGGAACGACCCGAAUCCCGAGGGAAGCAAAUCAGACGAAGACUGCAGCAGAUGAGAGAGGAGACAAAAUUUAGGAUCCAGAGGGAAGUCAACCAAAAGGAAGCAAAACUUGAAAAGAGGCUGGAAGACCUCGCAAGACAGAAAGAGAAGAGACAGCACCAGACUUUACAAAGACGACGCUCAACUGUAGCGGAGAACCAUGACCGAGUGAGAGAGUUGUAUAGAUUAAUUUUGUGGGUUUUGUCUUUCAUAUCUAAGCUAGGUUAUAUAACUAUAAUUCUCUUCUAUAAUCAGACACUGAAGCGAAAUUGGAGACAGAGAGAAAAACUCCGCUCGUCCAGAUUAGAGGAAAUAAAAAGAAAUAAACUUCUUUCAGAGCAGAAGAAGAACGUGGAGAUGUGGAACUUGAGGAAGGCGGAACAACUGCGACGGAUAGCGGCGGAAAAAGAGCAGCGCAAAAAGGAGGAAACUAGAAAGGAGAAGAGCGUGUCGGCGCGGAAUCGGAAAUUGAGUCACCAUCGGGAGAAACUCAGAGCCAAAUUGGAACAGCUUCAACGGCAGUCCAGACAAGAGAAGGAGGAGAGAGAAUGUCAACACCGCCAGCGACUGACCAAACGUCUGGUUCUGUUGAGACUCAGAAUGACCAACAGAGAGAGAGGAAGAAGAGGCUUACACAAAGGGUGGCAUGAAAGUUUAUGGACCUUGGAAGACACCCUCGAACAGAUUUUGGUAUCUGAUAUUCCUUUCGCAGGGCGAAAAUCAACUGGGCAGUUUCUAGCAAUGUUCAACGAGAUUCUAGAUUCUGAGAUAAGCAAGAUUGGUGAAGAUGAGCCUGGGUAUAACAACGACGAGGAAAUUCAAACUAAGGCUAAGGAGAUUGUCGAUUCCGUCAUCCACAAAGUCAAAACCGAUAUGUACCCAGCUUAUGUGAAGAUGCGAAGUGAGGAACAGAGCGGUCGUGUUACGUUUGGUCCUAAUGCCACCAUUCCUCCAAACCGCGUGGUUGAUAGGUCCACACUUCUUUCUGUCAAAGAUCACGUAUUGACACCAGUUCCCUCCCCUGCAACUUUACAUAAGCACAUCAUGAUAGAUAAGUCCUCCGAGAUAAAACUGAUGGAAAGCCUUCUUAACCGUCUCCUCGAGGAUCUGAACAGAAAUCGUCUGACGGACGAAGAAGUCAGAGAGCUUUCCAGGUACGCCAUGGGCAUUGUCUCCAGUCAAUUGCACGGGGAAGGGCAUGAUAUCUCAAAAAUAGCAGACGAUGUUGUAGAGUUUACAUUGAAGAAGGUGUUAAACGACAUCAGAACUGGAGUUGCUUCUCACGAGGAGGUCACAGACAUGGCAGCCACGCUCGUCAGUCAUAAGAGGGAAAGAAAUUUAUCGGAGCUCAGUAUUUCAUCAGACGACGAUGAACUACAGAGGUUCAUAGAUGAUACAUUAGAAUCCAUCGUCAAAGCUCACGAUCUCGAUAGAGAGUCUCCAGUCCACGACGCCAUUUUAGACGAGUGGAUAAUGGACACCUUGAAAGAAAUCAUAGACGAUAUCAAUCACAACUGGUUAUCCAAAGCCGCAGUACUAAAAAUGGUGUCUACGAUAGCCAUGAACGAUUUCAAACACGAGGAAAUCCAAACCAUGCCAAUUCCACGAGUCCUGGAAAAAGUGAUUAACGAUCUUGGUUGUGGAGGCAGUGACAUGCUGUAUAAAGUAGUCCAUGCUGUUGUAUCGUCUUACCAUGCAUACAAAGUUGAGACAUUGGAAGCCGUCACUGGGCUUAUGCACCUAAUCACGGAGAAACUCCGACAAGCAAUUUCAGACGGGGAAUUGCAGGAGUUUGAGAUAUAUUUCAACAAAAUCCAAGAUGCCACAAAACGACUUGCAUCAACAGCAUUAAGACAUGUUCAAAUCAGCGAGCUAGCCACGGUUAUUCAUGACGUUUUUAAGGAUCCAAAGUGUGCAACUUCUGUAUCAAAUCUAACUGUUGAGAGCGUCAUUGAAAAUGCCAAAAAUACUGUUUUGCUAGCUAAUUGUGCAUCUCUUAAAAGAUAUGUGAAAGAAAUGACAAUGGCCUCACAAAAACUCACUGCUGUAAAUAUGAAAGUUGAGGAAAGAUCAAAGGCUGAUGAUGUCUUCCUCGACAAGGUGACAAACUUUGCCGUCAAAGUUCUGGAAGUUGUUAGAAAUAGUCUUGAAAGUGAUGAUUUCACCGCCGAAGAUAUAAAGGAUAUGACCAGUACAUUUUCAACAAUUGUCAGCAAGGACAUUUUACCAACUGAAAGCAUUUCUAAAGAAAAGAUGCUUACAAAUCAUGUAUCAGAGUUGCUCAGCACUUUUAAAUCUGGGCAUCUCGAUUCCCAAGAGUUAUUAGAGCUUGGAAGUUUACUCAUUCAAUGUGGAAACAGAUUAUUACAGGGAAGAGAGCCCUUCAGUUCUCCAAACGUUUCCAGAAAGCCCUCCUUGACUAGCUCUGCCGUGGCCUCCGACGUUCUGACGCAUAUCCUUUAUUCAAUUGAGGACGAGAUGCAGAAAGGUUUAAUAACAAGAGAGGCGAUCAAAGAACUGGCAAUGUGUAUUCUGAAAGCAUCCAAAAAUUACCAUAAAAUCGCUAAUCAAAGUUGGUCUACAAGAGUAUCUCCGACAAUGUCCGAAUCUAGAAUCGAAUUCGCGAAGGGGACAUUGAAAGAGAUGCUAAGCGACUUGGAACUCGAAAACGAAAGAGAAAAUACAGUAUUACCAGUGGCAAUGUCAGAAAUGUUUUCGGAUGAGCAUAAAAAGAAGGUCGAAAGAAUUGCAGAAAAUGUUGUGAGACUUUUACAGAAAGAUUGUUUGACAAGGAGUGACCUUAAGCGCGUAUUUUCCAUCCUUUUUCAACAUUACAUAUCAGCAGCACAUGAUGAAAUCCAGGUCUCCGAUGAUCUCCUUCCCACGGAUUCUCAGUUCGCCAGCUCUAUAGUCAAGGAAACACUGUGCAAAAUUGAAAGAGAUAUUGAAAGCGGCCGUCUCCGCUCAGAGGAAGUUUUAUCUAUCGUAGAUGACUCUAAAGAUACGCACAGACUGAACAUCCAAAGCCACUUUGAUAUAAUUAACCUAACCCUGGCAGUAUUGCAGCAAUUCCUUUUGGAUAUAAGCAAUCAAACGACCGCAAAAGAUUUCGUCAAACACUUUUUAUCAAUUGCAUUUGAAGUGGAGGUUCCUUCAGAGGAAUCUGUUGCCAUGAUCAGCUUCCGUAUCCAGGAAAUAAUGAAAGAUAUCAGAAAGAAUAGAAAAACUUCUGUACAUAUUCUAACCAUGGUGCGUGCAUUUUCGUCCAAGAAGGCUUACGAGGAAAAGGCCACUUCUAAAAACGAGGCGUCGAUUUUUCAACAUGCUUUCCAGAACGUGCAAGCUGACGUCAUUACUAACUUCAUUCGUUUUACGAUACAGACACUCAUCCGCGACUGUAUCAAUUAUCAAGAAGAAAGGGAGAGUGUUCAGCAAGGACAGAUUCUAAAGUCUGUGUCCUCUUCUGUGGCAGUAAAGGUGGUCGACAGCUUACUUAGUCAAAUAGAGAGAGGGCUUCGAAGUGACAAUACUCAAUCUACAGAACAUCCGUCAUCUGUAGACGCUCAUUCAAGCAGGCUGGAAUUUUCUAACAUUCCAUCCGAAACCAUGAAUGCUUUAAUCUUAGAUACAAUGAACAACAUCAUUAGCAAUUUACGACAGGAGAACUCUCGCGAACUUGAUCAUGAACAUCUUGAAACUUCCGAAUCAGAAAUGAUUCACGAUUUUGUGUUAGAAAAGCUACACGAUAUUGUGGAAAGCAUGAAAGGUAGAAUGGUAAACUCAACUCCAGACAAAGAAAAGGUCGAGUUACCGUCAAAGUAUGCAUCUGCAAUUUUAAUUGACGAAACGGAGGCUAAAAGGGUUAUAAGUGGAUCUUUUAGGAACGUAAUCAGUGAAAUAACUACAGACAUGGAGCAAACAAAAGGAAAAAGCAUGGAAAAGUCCUCAACAGCGUCAAUGGAAGCAGAUGCCGUGGUUAUUCAAACCCUCCAAAAAAUCAUACAACAAUAUGAAGAGGAUGGCGUUAAUACGUUGUCUGAAAAGGACAAAGAAAUGAAAAAACAUAUUUUGUUUGUCUUAAGGAGUUUCAGGAACGAUAUGUACACAGAUAAGAGGGUCCAUACUGCAUUACAAAAUAUUUUCCGUCCCAUCAUGACCCUUACCCAGGAUAAGCUUGAAAACAACAAAAUGUUAGAAUCCAUUCUUGACCAAAUCAUCGAAAGUGUGAAUACUGACAGUAUACGUGUGUCAGAUAUGUUAGAAAAAAAUUAUACAAGUGAUAACGACAGCACACAGAGCCAAUCUUUUGUGAAUGGAAUCGACAGGCCGAGCUUAAGUCUGCAAAAAAUGACAGAUAUGACAAGAGAAAUGGCUAGUUUGUAUGAAGAUAUGUAUCCCUCUGCGCUAGGAGUCCAUGAAAAGGAAUUUGACAACCCCAUAGCCGAACGCAUUGCCAGCGAAGUACAGAUUAUCGCUAAAGAAGCUCUCGAGAGGACAAUCAAUAACAUCGAAAGCGGCAAGUUGAGUCAACAGGAGUUGCAAACUUUGGUAUCAGCAAUUACCGCUAAUGAGGAAGACCUAUCUUUCACUCAGAUGCAGUAUGCGGACAGCUUGAUUGAGGAUAUGAUCCUAAAGGUCCUGAAAAACUUGGUGGAGGAGCUUAGAAUUAGCGGAAUUGACCCAAAAGAUUUGCCAGAAGUGACCAAAAACAUCUUCCAGGUGACCUCGAAUAUAGAGGUGGCGGAAGACAACAGCGAUAUAAAUGCAUCCAGUGUCCCGUCUGAAGUGAUAGCAGGCAUGGUGACGACGGUACUCAGUAAAAUUGCCAACAACCUCUCUGAGGAGAGUGUCGUGCCUACAAUGGAACAAAGCAACAACGAGAUCAUUCAACCCAGCGUCUCCAACAAAUCGGGAACAGAAAUAGAGAAGACUCCAGAUAAUUUAAACCCAAAUGCUUCUGUCAAACGAUCAUCUGUGCACUCGCUUCUGGAUGAUGUAGGACCUCAGAAACAGACCACUCCUACUCCUGCAGUCCACUCGUUACAUGAAAUUAGAAAUAAAGGUCGACAAAGAAAUGGCCUGAUUAAGGAAAGAGCAGUUAGAAAUCUCAUAAACAAAUCAGUCGCAAAACAUCUCCCUAAAACAUCACCAAAAAAUAAUAUGCCCGACAGAGCUUGUAGACCUCCAAUAGCGAGUAAAUCGCCCGUUGGAAGGAAAAUCGAGCCAUUGACCAAGAAAGUGGAAUCCACAAAAUCUCCAAAGAAAAGCUGUGAGAAGGCUAAGAAAAGAAGUGUUACACCUUCCAAGAAUCGUCAAAGUAAGGGACAGCAAAACUCUCAGUCUACACAAGAGAAGGCCAACAGUCCAAAUCCACAGAAUACUACUACAACUGAUGAUCUGCCAUGUCAAGUUUAUUCUCUAUGGGGUUCCUUCAAGCUGGCAGUCAAGAAUGUGAACAAGUCCAAGAGAUAAAUCUAUUUUUGCAUUAGACUUCACACAUCAGUUCAAAAUUUCUCAUCAUUCAACAGGCAGAGUAUUUGUAUUCCAUCUCUUUGUCUUCCAGAAAACAAUUGUUUACAAAAAUACUUAAUAAAUCAUUUUUAUAAUAACAAAAUAAACAUUUUAUUCUUAUGUUACAAAUCUGCAUAACUACAUGUAAUACACGUAGAAAGUGAUUGUAAUCAGAUAUACAUAGGAAAAAUCAAUGUUUUACUGCAGUUUGAAUUGAUGACAAUGAUCAGCAUACUUUUUGAUGACAUAUAGAUGACGUUAUAUACAGACACUUAUUAAUGGAAUAUACAAGAUUAAGUUGAUCACAGUUUGUAACAGCCAUUUAAGUCUUGUAGAUGUACAAGGCAUUCAGAGUUCAGAUGGCUUAUAUCCAGACCAUUUUAGCUGGUGUACAGUAGUCGGAAUCCUGGUGCGGAGUGCAAUCCGUCUGUGAAGAAUUUUACAAGGACCCUGUUACUAGUGGCUCUCAGUGGGGGUGGCUGUUC